UCGGGGCGGUGGGGCACACGCGGAGCGUGGCCGGAGCGAAGGACCGGGGUCGCCGCCGCCUCAGCUGGUCGCUCGUCGCUCGCCGCCGCCGCCUCUCCGCGCCUUUCCUCCCUCCCUUCCCCGCCGGGGAGGCGCUUGGGCCGCAGCAGAGAGGCUCGCGAGGGGCCGGGCGCACAAAAUGGAGGCGAACGGCAGCGGGAGCAGCAGCGACUCGGCGCCUGAUUGCUGGGACCAAGCGGACCUCGAGCCCGGGAACGCCGCCUCAGCCGCCGCCGGGGACGAGGAAGCCGCGGCGGCGCCCGGUUCGGCCCCGCUGGAGUCGGAGGAGUCGGAGGAGGAGCAGCUGCUGGGCGCGGCCUUCAGCCGGCACCUCAACGUCAACGCCAAGCCCUUCGUGCCCAACGUCCACGCCGCCGAGUUCGUGCCGGCUUUCCUGAGGGGAGGCCCGGGACAGCCCGCCACGCCGACGGCCCCGUCGCCCCCGCCGGGCUUGCCCACGCCGACAGCCCCGUCGCUGACACACGGAGCCUCGGCAGAAUCGUCACAAGAAGACCUGCUGUCUUGUGAAGAUGCUGGAAAAUCAACAAUUGGAGGGCAAAUAAUGUAUUUGACAGGCAUGGUUGAUAAAAGAACGCUUGAAAAAUAUGAAAGAGAAGCUAAAGAAAAAAACAGAGAAACCUGGUAUCUCUCUUGGGCCUUAGACACAAACCAAGAAGAACGGGACAAGGGGAAAACGGUGGAAGUAGGCCGUGCCUAUUUCGAAACAGAAAAGAAACACUUCACAAUUUUAGAUGCCCCAGGGCAUAAGAGCUUUGUUCCAAAUAUGAUCGGCGGUGCUUCUCAAGCUGAUUUAGCUGUAUUGGUAAUCUCUGCGAGAAAAGGAGAAUUUGAAACAGGUUUCGAGAAAGGAGGGCAGACCAGGGAGCACGCCAUGCUAGCAAAAACAGCCGGUGUAAAACACUUAAUAGUUCUCAUUAACAAAAUGGAUGACCCAACUGUGAACUGGAGCAACGAAAGGUGGGCUACCAUUUAUUCCAUAUCUGGAUAACUUGCCAAACUUCAACCGAUCAGUUGAUGGACCAAUCAGGCUGCCAAUUGUUGAUAAAUAUAAGGAUAUGGGCACGGUGGUCUUGGGAAAGCUGGAAUCAGGGUCUAUGUGCAAAGGACAGCAGCUCGUGAUGAUGCCAAACAAG